AUGCUCUCUUGGCAGACUCUUCUGCUUGGAGUUCUUGCUCAUGCUUUCCUGCCGUUGGCUUUGGAGCUGCGAGCUGGAAGAAGUUCCUACGAUGAGUUCCGGACGCAGUAUGGCCGCGGUGACGCAUUUGGUGACGAAUACGUCCUGCGGCAAGCGCUCUUCAACAAGCGUGUGUCCGCUGUGCAGCAGAUCAACAGCCAAGAGGGCAGCUGGAAGGCAGAGAUCAAUGAGUUUGCUGACUACACACCGGAGGAGUUUCGGUCUUUACUCGGCCAUCGACGUUCACAUCAAGGUAGCGCGGCCUUCUUGCAGUUGCGGUCGAGUGUAAUCCAAAGCAGGUUCCACACGCUUGGGUGGCCUAGCAUGACAGACUCGUGGCGGAGGAUGACGAGCUUGCUUCGGACCACACCCAGCUCGCAUCCUUCGGGCCUACCAGAGAGCGUUGACUGGCGGAGCCAGCUCAACUCCAGCAGCUUUGUGAAGCAGCAGGGCACCUGUGGAUCCUGCUGGGCCCUCGCAGCCGUUGGAGCUUUAGAGAUGCACGCAGAGAUCCACAGCAAGGAGCCGCCGCACGAGCUGUCUGUAGACCAGCUGUUGGAUUGCGUAGCGAAUCCACAGCACUGCGGCGGUCUUGGCGGCUGUGAUGGUGCAAACUCCGAGCUGGCCUUCGAGUAUGUGCAGCAGCAUGGGCUGUAUACCAGCAGCACUUACAGCGGGAAGAGCAAGGAGGGCUGCAGUGGCAGAGCAAAUCCUCCAUACGUGCGGCUGCAAGGCUUUGUUCGCCUCCCCACAAACAACUUAAACUCAAUGCUGCAAGCGGUAGCGACCAGAGGUCCGCUGGUGGUUGGGGUGGAUGCAUCCCGCUGGGACCUAUACGGGAAUGGAGUCUUCGAUGGCUGUGAUCGGGAUGCCACAAUCAAUCACGCUGUGGUCUUGGUAGGCUAUGGAAGCGACCGUCUGGGCAAGGACUAUUUCCUCAUUCGAAACUCCUGGGGCAAGGCCCGCUGA